AGUGUUUUGAAAAAAUGGAAAUACACGACGAUACUUGGAAAAUUGUUUUUCCUGUCGGUGUGAAUGUUUUAAUGUCUGCUUUUGCAUUUUUUGUGACCGUUCAACUGAUACCAAAACUCCAAGAUAUGUUUAUCAAAGCUAACCUUUAUGGAGUUGAUAUGAAUAAGAGAGAAAGCGGCAAAGUACCCGAAGGUUUGGGAGUUGUCAGUGGUUGCAUAUUUCUGAUAACGCUGUUCCUAUUUAUUCCCAUACCGUUUACUGAUUAUAUUUUCAAGAAUGCAAAUUUCCCACACAAUGAGUUUGUGGAAUUUUUAGCCGCUCUUCUCUCAAUCUGCUGUAUGCUGCUACUGGGUUUUGCUGAUGAUGUACUAGAUCUCAGGUGGAGACACAAACUGUUAUUACCCAGUGUGGCUUCGUUGCCCCUGUUGAUGGUUUAUUAUGUGAACUACAAUUCAACUUUGAUAAUAGUGCCAAAACCAUUAAGAGCUUGGUUUGGUUUUUCUGUGGAUUUAUGGCUCUUGUACUACGUUUAUAUGGGAAUGCUCGCUGUAUUUUGUACAAAUGCCAUCAACAUUCUUGCUGGGAUAAACGGUCUAGAAGUUGGACAGAGCCUAAUCAUUGCAAUAAGCAUUUUGAUUUUCAAUUUGGGGGAACUCGGAGGAGCUGCCUGGAAAGCUCAUCAGUUUUCCAUGUAUUUCAUUAUUCCCUAUAUUACCACUUCAUUCGCUCUCUUCAGACACAACUGGUAUCCUUCACGAGUUUUUGUUGGUGACACAUUUUGUUAUUUGUCAGGAAUGACUUUCGCAGUUGUCGGUAUCAUCGGACAUUUCAGUAAAACGACACUGUUGUUCUUCAUACCGCAAAUAUUGAAUUUCUUGUACAGCGUUCCGCAAUUGUUUCAUCUCGUGCCGUGCCCAAGGCACAGAUUACCGAAAUACAACAAGGAAAGUGACAAACUCGAUCCUAGCACGACGACCUUUAGGAGAUCAGAUUUAAAUAUUAUCGCUCGGUUCGUAAUGUGGAUAUUCAGGACCCUGAGAAUAGUGGACUGGAGCGAGGACAAAAGCGGUGUCAUAAAGUGCAAUAAUUUGACGUUGAUUAAUUUUGUGCUAGUAAAACUCGGUCCCACGAGAGAACCGAAUUUGACGAAAAUUCUUCUGCUUGUACAGGCCUCUUGCAGCUUACUGGCUUUUGUAAUAAGAUAUCCGUUGGCAUCGUUAUUUUAUGACGUUUGAAAAUUUUUAACUGAGAAACAAAUUCAUUGCCGACACAAUUGGAAAUGCAACCGUGAUUCAUCUCGAUUCUCAAGGUGCUUCAUCAAACUGGGAGGCUUCUGGAAUAAAAAAAUUAAAAUACAACAAUCGCAAAAACCAAUGAUGAUAUCUAGUCGAACGAAAAACAACGCCGAAGUCUGAAAGAGUUUUGAAACCGACUCUGGGGUCAAACGAGAACAAUAUAAAAACUAAAAAUAUAAAAAUGAAAAAAAAAAAAAGUUGAAUAAAGUGCAUUAUUUUGUAUAAGAAUUCGGUAUAUAAGAUUCGGUGAACACAAUCAAGGGAAUGGAACUAACAAAUUAUGUUUGUCUUUGUUUCUUUGACCGUCUUCCUCUGUAAUUUGAAAAACUCAACAAACAUUAAUAUAAAAGACAAUAACAAAUAUAUAGAUCAUUAUAAAUACCACCAUUGUCGUCUAAAAUACGAUUUUACGCCGAUUUUUAUAGAGGAAAAAAAUAACGAAAGAAUAGCAAUUUUUCUGGGUCCGAUACAGCUGUAAAAAAAAAAUUUGAUGUCCAGAAGAAUAUAUAUUUCCGUAUAAUAUCUUAUUUUUUGAGCAUAAUAAAUGUAAAUUCAACGAAUAAAUAACAAAAUUUUCCGUUUUGAUUCAA